GUGUGUGUGUGUUUUUUCAUAGUAAACGGAGCUACAAAGUAUGUCUGAAUCAAAUUUCAAAAGCUUAGAAGACACCCUAAACAAAUAUAUUCCACCGGAAGAGCUGCGUGAAGUUAAACGGGUGCUGUACGGAAGGCCCGACGACAACGAGUUAAAAUUUUCUGAAGAAACCAUCUCACUAUCCAAGGAUGUGGACAUCGAGCUAAAGGGGUACGUGUUUACUGCCCGCAAGGAGGAUCUGCGACGGCCGAGAAUAGUGCGGGUGGCAGCAGUGCAAAACACGGUGGACAUUCCGACAACGGCCCCGAUUCACGUGCAGCGUGAUGCAUUGCAUGAGAAGAUUUCCAACAUCUUACGUGUUGCUGUUACGGCCGGAGUCAAUAUCGUCUGUCUACAGGAAGCUUGGACCAUGCCAUUUGCGUUCUGUACGCGCGAAAAGUUUCCCUGGUGCGAAUUUGCCGAAGACGUCGAAAAUGGACCGACAACAAAGAUGCUGAAGGAGUUGGCCCGACAGUACAACAUGGUAAUCAUCUCGCCCAUCCUGGAGCGUGAUGCAAACCAUCACGAUACGAUCUGGAACACAGCAGUGGUAAUUUCCAACAAUGGUUCCUACAUCGGCAAACAUCGCAAGAAUCAUAUUCCACGUGUGGGCGACUUCAAUGAGUCGACCUAUUACUACGAGGGCGAUACAGGGCAUCCGGUGUUUGAGACGCAGUUCGGACGCAUCGCUAUCAACAUCUGUUACGGGCGCCAUCAUCCACAGAAUUGGAUGAUGUUUGGUGUCAAUGGUGCAGAAAUCGUAUUCAAUCCAUCGGCUACUGUGGGCGGACUAAGCGAACCACUGUGGGGUAUUGAGGCGCGCAAUGCGGCCAUCGCCAACAGCUACUUUACCGUGGCCAUCAAUCGGGUUGGUACGGAGGUGUUCCCGAACGAGUUUACCUCCGGCAAUGGGUUGCCGGCACACAAGGAUUUUGGUCCUUUCUAUGGAUCGUCGUAUGUUGCGGCUCCGGACGGUUCCCGUACGCCUGGCCUGUCUAGGGAUAAGGAUGGUUUGUUGGUGGUUGAGAUGGAUUUGAACCUCUGCCGGCAGAUAAAAGAUUUCUGGGGUUUCCCAAUGACGCAGCGCUUACCACUGUACGCGGAAAGCUUAGCAAAGGCAAUCAAACCUGACUAUAAACCACAAACUAUUCGAGAUAGCUAAACCAG